AUGGCACCAACAAUUCUGCCUGUCUCCGAGUUUUGCGGGCCAUCAACUCUGCCUGCAAUCUCUCCAACCGAUCCGACAGGCGACGAUGCGUCCACCAGACUCCCGGUCCGUGACCUCCUCGACGAUGAAACGCAUGCCUUGAAGGCAGAGUUGGACAAACUGGAUCGCGAACUCGCGGUAAUGCGAGAAGGGCCCUUCGGACCCAACAGCGAGUUUAUACGAUCCUUCCCCGUCAAUGAGAGGGAGGAACUGCUGAAGGCUCUCGAAGAAGAGGGUGUCAUGCCCUCUGAAGAUCUCGAUCUGGUGUCCGAGGAAGAUUUGGAAGAGCUGGCAAGAGAAGAGGAGGGCAAGAAACAAGCCACGACGCAGAAAUCAGCUCUCAAGGUCACCCUCAGCAUUCCUAUCAGAGACAAGAUCUAUGUCAGGCGGUUCAACACGGCGUUGGACUCGGCGCAGCAGAAGAAAGACGAGAAGUCUUAUUUCACCCUGUGGAAAUGGUAUCUCCGGUGCCAGCAACACGUUCCAAACUUUGCCUUGAUCCUCCCCGAAGAUGUCUGGCAUUUCCUCUGGAAGUCUCAGAGUACGGUCUAUUACAGACCCAAACACCUUGAAAUGCUGGGCAAGGAUAUGAUGAAGGCAGAUGUGCCCCUCGGAGACAAAGAGUGGAUUGAAUAUAUCGAUGCACUGCAGGCUACUGGAAACAUCGCCGCUGCGGCAGAAGCGUGGGAAGCACAGAGACCCAAGUUGGGUCAGGGUCUCGCGGAGGAUCUUGCUGAACUGUUCUGGAUCACCGGUAUCCGGCUCUAUGUGCAACUUGGAAAGCCACAGAAGGCGCAGCGUUUGGCAUUUGAAUGCUAUGACCACACGACAAUGAUUGAUCCCGAAGCUCUUGUCAUGGUUAUCUCUGCCUGGGCCAAAAGUCAAAGUCCCUCGGCUGCGUCCAAGACCUGGUUCUGCUAUCUGGAGCUGCGGAAGAGGCUCGAGGGCAGAGAAGACCAAAAGACGACGUUGGAUAUUCUGGGUCGAGUCAGUAGUGCACUACUUGAUGCUGGCCGUACUGAUCUCGCUCUGGCGGUUUUCAAAGAUAUGUUCAUGCUUACAGCCAAGUCGCCAACCGAUUCACUGAGGAUUUUCAGGGAUCUGAGCAAAGAGUCCAGUCAAUCUCAGUCAUCGGGUGAGGACCUCGUCAGCCAGAUCGGGCUCUCUUCCCUGGCGCUUUUCCCCCGCAGCUUCCACAACAAAUACUUCUUUGCGGCAUGGAUCAAAUGGCUCCUCGGCGAGGGGAGGACAGACAAGGCAGCUCUGGUUGUCGACCUCAUGUAUGAGCGUGGGAUCAAACCUGAUGCCGGGCCCUUGAAUGGCCUCAUCGCAGCCUGGUUCCGUCAAGGUUCGCCAACUUCUCGCCAAAAAGCCGAGGAGACUGCAUGGGCCAUGAUUCAGUGCCGGGUUGAAGUGGUUCAGAAGCGGCUUUCAAAGGCCGGCGAUCCUAGUCCUGCAAAUUUGACCUCCAAAGUCGAGAGCCGGCGAAUUCCUUUCUUCCUCAAACGGGGGGCGCCACCUGCAACAAUCGAGACAUUUUCCAUCUUGCUCCAACACUACACACGCCGUUCAGAUCUUGCCAACGCCAGUCAUCUCACCGACGUUAUGACUGGUUCGGCUCAGAUCAAGCCGAAUUCAUUCAUCAUGAACCAUUGGCUUUAUGCUUCACUUCGCUUAGGGCAGAUCCCAGAUGUCUGGAGCAAAUAUUCGACCUUGAAGCAAUCCAUCACCCCCGAUCUUGAGACGUUUGCGGCACUCUGGGACACGGCCAAGCAUUAUUAUGCAUUUCCUCAUCGACAUCAGGGAGGGUUUCCUGAUGCGCGAACGCUCUUCGCAGAGAUGCAAGAAUGGUUCGGCAGGCUUGACCUCAAAAAAAGAUCUGCCGUCCAGGCAGACUUCUCUGAUGAACUGUACGAACAGGUCAUACGCUGCUUCUGCCUCUCGUCCGAUCCUCAUGGCACCCUCUGCGCGCUGCAUGGUCUGCGGGAGUCUUUCAAUCUGGUGCCGCACGAGGAAGUUAGCCGGCUGAUCAUCAUGCAGGUGGCUCGCUCGUUCGCGUCCGACUUCGUGCCACUCUCGGCCCGCGCUCGCGGCCUGCGGAUGAAGAAGAACCUCCAGUAUCAGAGUGCGGUCAAGACUCUGACCGAGAUUGUGGUCGCCAUCGGCGAUAAAAUGGUCCAGGAGAAGGACGUUGAUCCGGAGGCGGUCGAGCAGAUUGAAAGUCGGCCCGCACGAGAGCUCAGGCUCGAUGUGCUAUCUGCCUUUCUCUGCCUCGUCAUUGAGAAAAGAAUGAAAGGUGCGGCCGAGGGGCUCCUGGUGCAAGACAUUCUAGGGGUCGCCGAGCAGAUGAGGACAUCCGUCCCUGCUGAGGCGUUGACGCAGCGUGACUGGAGCGACGUUGAAGUUUCCUUGUAA